AUGUCCUACGCAUACUUGUUCAAGUACAUCAUCAUUGGCGACACUGGCGUGGGAAAGUCAUGUCUCCUGUUGCAGUUCACCGACAAACGCUUCCAACCUGUUCACGAUCUCACUAUCGGUGUCGAAUUUGGAGCUCGAAUGGUUACAAUUGACGGUAAACAAAUCAAGCUGCAAAUUUGGGAUACCGCAGGGCAAGAAUCGUUCAGGUCUAUCACGCGAUCGUAUUACAGAGGAGCUGCUGGUGCUUUGCUUGUUUACGAUAUUACUCGGCGGGAUACUUUCAAUCAUUUGACGUCGUGGUUAGAAGAUGCACGGCAGCACAGCAAUAGCAACAUGGUGAUUAUGCUUAUCGGAAACAAGAGUGAUCUUGAGGCUCGACGCGAAGUUAAACGAGAAGAAGGCGAAGCUUUUGCUCGAGAACAUGGUCUAGUAUUUAUGGAAACCAGUGCAAAGACAGCUGCUAAUGUUGAGGAGGCAUUCAUCGAUACAGCGAAGGAGAUUUACAGAAAAAUACAAGAAGGUGUUUUCGACAUAAACAAUGAGGCGAAUGGAAUUAAACUGGGUCCUCAGCAUUCUCCAAACUCUCCAAAUUCGCCUGGUGGAAAUGCUUCUGGAGGGCUUGGCGGAUCUAGUGGAUGUUGCUGA